AUGUAUGUCAGAACAGCGAUACUGGUCACUGCGAUAUGUGAUUCAGCAACAGCAAAAUGGCUUUGGUCAAGCUCCCCAGCUGCCACUUCCGAUGUGAUUCAGCAAGCUUAUCCACUGGGAAACGGACGAUUGGGAUUGAUGCCCGCCGGAGAACCCGGAUCGGAAUCAAUAAACAUCAACCUAGACAGUCUUUGGGCUGGCGGGCCGUUUGAGAACGCGACUUAUUCCGGGGGCAAUCCAGCGAGCGACAGAUCCCACUUCUUGCCUGCCAUACGCGAGGAGAUAUUUCGAAAUGGCACGGGAAACGUUGAUCAGCUUCUUGGUGAAAUUUAUUCAUAUGGCUCCUACACCCCGCUCGCGAACUUCACGGUCGAAAUCGAUGGCCUAGAGAGUUAUUCUUCAUAUUUCCGGGGACUGGAUCUCCAAACUGGUGUUCAUUCAGUACGCUUUUCAAACAGUGCUCAGAGAUUCAAUACCUCGAUAUUUUGCUCCCAGCCAGACGAUGUUUGUGUUUACCAUAUUGCUUCCGAAUCGCCUCUCCCUGCAAUCAAAUUUGGUCUAAGGAAUAAUUACCUGAACUCCACAUUGAUUGACACGACAUGUAUCGGCGAUCAGCUUCAAUUGACUGGUCAUUUGGCUCAGCCAGGCAUGCAAUUCAUUGGAAUAUCUCAAGCACUACAGAGCACCACCGUGAAGUGCAACAAUGGGUCACUUAUACUUCCAGAAGGUUCAGGCAGCACAGAAGUCACGAUUGUCUUUGGAGCUGGAUCAAACUACGAUCAGACUCAUGGAAACAAGGCAUCUGGUUUCUCUUUUCAAGGAGUAGACCCGACUUCCACUGUACAAAAAACUGUCUCGACUGCGGCCUCGAUCUCAUUUGAAGAUAUCCUUGCACGUCAUGUUCAAGACCACCAAAAUCUUUUCAGCUCGUUCUACCUUGAUCUACCGGAUACAUCAAACUCCAGCGAAAUUGAAACCGCACAGGUUAUCGCGCGCUAUAACCUCACCACCGGGGACCCCUGGUUGGAGUCCUUGCUUGUUGAUUAUGGACGAUAUAUGCUUAUCGCAUCAUCGCGCGAAAAUUCACUCCCCGCGAACCUCCAAGGGAGAUGGGCGGCAGACCAAGAUCCUGCGUGGAGUGCAGACUACCAUGCCGAUAUCAACAUACAAAUGAAUUACUGGGCAGCACCACAGGUUGGACUGGGGUCCCUCCAACAAUGUCUCUGGGACUUUAUAGAACAAACUUGGGUCCCUUACGGCGAAGAAACUGCAAAUCUGCUUUACGGAGCACCCGACGGGUCCUGGGUAAUUCAUGACGAGAUCAACACCUUUGGCUAUACGGCAAUGAAAAACGAAGCUGUCUGGGCCGAUUUUCCCCUUGCAGCCACCUGGAUGGCGCUCCAUAUUCCGAAUUGGCUUGACUACUCCAAUGAUGCGACCUGGUAUCGCACCCAAGGUUAUCCCUUGCUCAAAGGAACUGCCUUGUUCUGGUUAUCACAAUUGCAAAAGGACCUCUAUUUUAACGACGACACGUUGGUGGUGAACCCAUGCAACUCACCAGAACAUGGGCCCACGACCUUCGGAUGCUCGAUGUACCAGCAGCAAAUAUGGGAGCUUUUUGAUCGCAUUCUAGCGACAUGGUCUGACAGCGGUGAUGAUGACCAUGAGUUCUACCAGAGUGUCGUGCAGGCCAUGGCUCACUUGGACCGAGGAAUCCACAUCGGAUCUUGGGGCCAGCUACAGGAAUGGAAAAUGGAUAUCGACGUCGAGAACGACACUCAUCGCCAUUUAAGUGGUCUCGUCGGUUGGUAUCCCGGGUAUAGUGUCGCGAUCGAGGAAAGCAAUAAGACUGUAGCAGACGCUGUUGAGACAAUGCUGUGGUCUCGAGGAGAUGGAGAUACGGACGAGACAAAUGCCGGAUGGUCAAAGGUGUGGAGAUCGGCGUGCUGGGCUCGGCUCAAUAACACAGAGGAAGCAAAUUUUGAGCUGCGUUUCGCCAUUGAGCAGAACAUAGCAGCGAAUGGCCUCUCGAUGUAUUCUGGCCAUGAUACUCCUUUCCAGAUUGAUGCGAAUUUCGGUCUCGUGGCCGCUGUUGUCGAGAUACUGAUUCAAGAUUUGCCACAAGCUCAUGGGGACCAGAGUAUUCAUACUGUGGUUUUAGGCCCAGCGAUACCUUCUUCUUGGGGAGGGGGCUCUGUAUCUGGGUUGCAGCUACGUGGUGGAGGGCGAGUGGACUUUUCUUGGGACGCCGAUGGAAUUGUGCAAAAAGCCAUUGCAAUUGGUCGCGAAAAGGCGCUCAAACUGGUGAACGUGCGGGGGGCUGAGAUAGGGAGUUGA